ACAGCGAAUCGCACGGGCGAGGCGACUCGCUGAGUGGCCACGCGUGCCUGUACUCGUCCGUUGUUGCACCAGCACAUCGACAUUAACCGCUUUCAGUGCUAGAGCGCGUUCCUCCGCGCUAUACUCACAUAACCUAAAAGUUAAACAACCCUGAUUAUUUUAGUACUAUUCAUUGUAAUACCAUUAAAUACUCAUGAUUACCUCGAAUUUAUAAGUUAGUGUUGUGGAAGUUUACGCCCAGCCAAAGGGCGUGCGUGGAGUGUAUUUUUGUGCAACACAAAGUAAAUACAAACGGCAAGCUGUGGGGAUCAGGGGCCUUUUUUUUGCCGCCGCAGGGGAUGUACUAUCCUGUGAGUAACGGCAAUGUCAUCGAUACAGGAACACCUACCCUGCUGCAUAUGGUGGGGACGGGUAUGGCGACCCCGUUCCCUGCGGCGGCGGCGGCUGCGGCGGCCGCUGCGCAGUUCGCAGCCAACGGCGAUGCCCUGGCAGGAGUGAAGGCGGAGGCCGCAGGGCCCACCGCGCCGCCACAGCCCCCACUGGUCAAGAGCGAAGGGCCGCCACCGCCCGCGCCGCUACCGCCAGCCAACUUCUCACCUCAACCGCCGUCACAGACACACACACAAAACUCAAUAGAAAAUCAAAACAACACCUCACAAAGUGAAGGCGAAUCAAAUGAAGAGAGUACACCAGUGAGUGUGGCGGCGGCGGUAGUGGCUCAGCAAGCCGCGGCCGUGGUCGCGCAGCAAGCCGCGGCGGCGCACGCGGCGGCCGCGGCCGUCAGCGCCGCCGUCGCCGCCGGGAACGUCAACGCCAGCGGCACUCCUGAAAAGACACUCGUGCCCGUCUCACAAGCAUCACAGCCCAAACGGUUACACGUCUCCAAUAUACCCUUCAGAUUUAGAGAUCCUGAUCUUAGAAAUAUGUUUGGGCAAUAUGGCACAAUACUUGAUGUAGAAAUUAUCUUCAAUGAACGUGGCUCCAAGGGAUUCGGUUUUGUAACAUUCGCAAAUAGUGGUGAUGCGGAGCGAGCACGAGAGCGUCUUCACGGCACCGUGGUUGAGGGCAGAAAGAUAGAGGUUAAUAAUGCGACAGCGAGAGUGCAGACAAAGAAACCUCCGACCGUUCCUAACGUGUGUGUCCAGUGGCCGGAAGGUGAGAACCUUCAUUACGAUUUUGCCGCGCUGCGCCGCGAGCCGCGCGCCGCGCCGCCGCUCGCCGCGCACGCCGCGCCGCACGCGCUAGAGCACGCCGUGCUCAACCGCGCCGCCGCCUACGCCUCCUCGAUGCACGCCUACGCGCCUGUCUAUUACGACCCGUUCCUAGCUGCGGCAGCGACGGCUGACUCCAACUACAGACUUCAGGCCGCGAAGCCGGCAGCCGAGGCGGCAGCAGCAGCAGCCGCGGCGGCCGCGCCCCUGCUGAAGUCGCCGCUGACGUCGGCGCAGCACGCGGCGGCGGCGGCGGCGGCCGCUAACUACGGCGCCGCGGCCCGCGCCGCCGCCGCCGCCGUCAGCGCCGCGCCCGCGCCCGCGCUCGCGCCGCUCGCUGCCACGUCAGUACCCACGUCCACCUCCAACACUUUGAUGUCGCUCAUGUACGGCAGAGAAUACGCAGAUCCUUAUUUGGGCCACGGUAUUGGACCAGUGUCGGGUUACGGGACUGCAGUAUACAGAAGUGGAUACAACAGAUUUGCGCCAUACUAAAGCCAGUGGAUCAAAAACGAUGAACUCGAAUAUUACCUUCGUCACCUUCACCUUAACAUGACAAUGAACUCUCUUUGUAAACGUACAAACAUAUUUCAUAAAUUUAAGGAUCAAUAAUAACGCUAGCCGACUACCGUAUAAGUGUCUAAGCUUGGGUAGUGGAGUAAUGAAGUAAUGAGCGAGCGUCGUGGAGUCGCCGCCGCGCCCGCACUACUUAUGAAAUACCAAAGUCAUUAAAAUUUCUAACACAAAUACUUUAUUAAGUUCAAACUAAUUAUAAAUUAUUUGUGUACCUAAUGCUAUACAAGUGCGAGCAGCUAAAGUGAGUGCUUUUGUUCUAUUUAGAUAUUCUAAGAGUUUACUAUAAUUUAACUAAUUACUCAGAAGUGAAUUCAUCUUACGAUUAGAGUAUACCGUACUGUUUAGUGUAGAUGUUACACUUGUAUCAUUGACAAUAGAAGAAAUAUUUAUCAUAAUGAUGAUAUAUUUAGUGAGCUUUGCACUUGCAUAUCAUAAAAAUUGUAAAUAUUAAAUGGGAAACGCAUUUUAUUGGGUCACACCAUAUUUUUUUUAAAUCAAUUAUCCAAAAUGUUGUUUCCUGACUACAUAUUCAGCGAUCUUAUUCUAAAUAAUAUAUUCAUCAACUAAAAUGAAGUUCUCAGUCAUAAUAGUUACAUCAGAGUCUUUUCGAUUUGUGAACUCGAAAGAGUUGUUAAAAACUGUUUAAUAAAUGAAGUUCUAUUCAAAAACUACUGCAAAGACAAUAGAAAUUUUAGAACAACUAUUUUGGACUAACAAGUUAUUUGGUGCGAUGUUAAUGUGGUGCCAUUUUUUGGUUGUUAUUUUACACAUACGUAUUAUAUUUUUUCUAAAGUUACCUUGUACCCUUUACAGUUAAUGUGACAUAGUUAUAGGCUAUCCCCGCUAUACGUGAACAGCGCCUCAGUUAUACAUUGUCCACAUUCGCGACAACAGAUUGCUCUACACAAACGUACCGACACGUGAAUAUCCGAGUGUGUAUAACGAUAUAAGUGAGCUGCUGCUCGGUAGAACUACUGUGUCGUUUUGGUUUGUACAUAGAUAGCGCUUGAAGCUUAGUCCGUUGUCAGUCCGCGCGAGUCCGGAGUGUUCACUUGUGGUCCUGCUUAGUUGUAAAUCGAAUAAUCGGUUGCUAGUUUAUAAAUAAGCUAAUGUUUUACAGAAUGUAGGCGAAACGCUUUAGCCGUAGUCUAUAAGGGAAGAAGGGAACUCCGUCGAGUUCUUACAUAUCAUUGAGAUUUUCUCCUUGUAUGUAGUUAUGUUUAAUCAAUAAUUCUAUUGUCUUUUAACAAUGUCUUAUUUUUACAGUGCUAUUUUAAUAUUUUCGUCUAAAGUAUGGACUUUCAUUUUAUAGAACAAACACGCAUACGGGUCCAACCCUUUUAGAAGUUGUAAAUUUUAGAUCUAACGUUUGCAUUAGGAUUUUAAAGUAUCGUAACAUCUAUGAAUUCGCUCAACGUUUAUACCAAAGCACAAAAACCCAUCGAUUCAUACGUAUUCGGAGAAGUGUUACAUGACAUAACCUCUUUUCGAUAGAUUUAAUAGUCUUUCAGUGAGAAAAACUUGCAGAAUCUAUUAGUCGCGGUGUAGAUAGAUAUCUCGAACAAACCUACAGACUUUUAUUUUUUACUUCAUUUUGUUUAAUAAAUCAUUAAUCCUAAGUAAUCUUCUCUAAGGACAUAUCUACAUGUUUGCCAUCUAGAGUAGUUUAAUCUUAACGUAGUUCAAUGACUAUAUACAUAACUAUAUAGAUCUGAAUUGAUAAAUUCAUAGUUGAUUGUCAAUCUUCUCAUGUUGUUGUAAAUUCCCAAGGAAUAUGGUUCACGUCGCGUUACAGACGUGUCUGUAUGGUCGACGUGUUAGAGCUUUGUCCGUUUAUUUGUCAAACCUUUACGUAGCGAGUAGAGAUGAAGUACCGAAUACGUUGGGACUGGAGUCGGCGCUGCCUGUCGUCUGAUGAUCAUAGCUUUAAUUAAUUAAAGAUGUUAAGGUGAUGUGUUCGCCCACUCGUAUCAUCUCGUAACCACAAUUAGAAUAACUAACUCAACUUGUAGCAUUUCCAUGACAUUAUUAUUGUUUGUCUUGCAGAAUUCUAGUCUUCGCGCACAAUCUUUUAUUAAAAUAGUAAAGGUGCUUACUCGUAAAGGUUUCAUGUGAUAUUUACGGAAUUAGUUGUCGUAUCUUUGUCUCAAUUGUAUUCUAUUUCGUUUUCCUGCGAUAUGUAGUAAGUAGUUCGUGUCAUAUUUUCCUUAUACUGAUUAUUACUCUCACCUUUUAGUGCCACUGGCUUUAUAUUAUAAGUUAUAUUUACGUUUAUCGUACGUUAUUGUAGUCUCGUUGCAGCUUCGAACAAUAUUUUGUGCUUUAUUGCUGAAUACUCAUGCGUGAAUGCGUUAUUUUAAGUAUAUCUUAGGUUUGUAGGAAUUGUCUGAUUAAUGCAAGAUUUUGUAUCUGAGUACAGAAAAAAGUACAUGUGAUUCUAUUUGAUGAUUUUUUGUUUAGUUUUAGUAUUUUAUAUCAUUAGUCACAAACAUUUGUGAGUUUUUUAUUUUUAUUUUAAUCAUUUUUACAAGUCAACAGGACCUGUUUUGAAGUUUGUAUUAUGGAUUUCAAACCUGAUCGUAAAAUCGUAAAAAUCUGUAAAUUAAAUCAAUUUUUGAUCAAAACUCGUCUUGUUUGCUUGACAUCUAAAAUUAACAUAAUUUUUGAUUAUGUUAUUUUAAGUUUUUUUUUGUAUGAUUUAAAUGCUAAGUAAUUUAAUAAAUCACAAAAGCAAAAUACCUAAGUUUUGUAUAAAGUUACAUAAUAUAAGCCAAAUUGUUGUUACUUGGAGAAAAAAUCAGAAUUUAAAUUACAUAUCUGACAAAAUGGUUAGUGUGCUACAAUAAGAUUGAAAAAAAAAUAUAACAUCAAGAACAAUGUAUAAAUAUUAUAAUCAUAAAAUUAAGGAUAUGUAUUUUGUAACGCGAUUUGUUUCUCGGUUUUUAUGAGAUGUUAAAUUAAAGUUUCAUACUACUCUCUUGUUUUAUGCUGUGCACAACUUAUACGAUCGACGGCUUCGAUACUGUAUUCAUUAGAUCUAAAGCGAAUUGUUAUAUUGUGCAUAAUAAAUAAAUCAUAUCAGUAGUGGUGUUAGGUAGUUGCGACGUUUUCUAGCGGCACUCGAGGCAACUACCACGGCCCGGCCGUGCCGUCGACUGUACAUAGUGUUACCGGCGGCUGUCCCGCCAUGUUGUGCGUCACUUGUUCCCUCGGGUUCAUAUUGUUAAAGUAGCAGAGUUAAUAAGUAUCACUUGUUCGUCAAUUGCACUCGUACAAGCUGUUCAGUUGGUGUUGUACAUUAUUCAGAUAUUAGCGGGGUUAAUGUUAGCUCCCGAGUGUCAAACGUUAAAGUUGUAGACGCGUAAUGUCACUCAUUGUAUCGCACGACAUCGUCAUACAUCGCGUCUAUGAUUUUAAUAGUUUUGAUUAACCCUUACAUAUUAAAGUGCUGUAACGCAUACUUAUUGCUGACUUCGUUUGCGGUUUAUGAAAUUAUCAUCAUCAAUUCUUUACAUUAUAUUUUUGUUAGCAGUUGUUACAUUUAUAACUGCCGUAAGUCAUAAGGAAUUAAUGUAAAUAAGACAUAGUAAGAUGAGUUUAGUAAGUAGCUUGUAGUGAAGGCACUGAGUGUGCGUUACAGCAGCACAGAGCAGCAGCGCGCGACUGGCUCGGCUCGCUCGGACCGCGCGGAUCUCUCGGGCCGCGCGGAUCGCUCGGCCAGGCGGUCGCGCGCUGUGCCAGCCGCCCAGUAUUUGAAGUACUAUUACAAUACCGUGCUCAAUUCCUGUAUCUGUACAUUGUAAGUAUAAUGUUGACAAAAUGUUUUUGAAGUUUAAUGUAAACUACAAUAGAUUUGUUACAUAAUGAAUGUCUUCCGUUUGGCACAUUUUAUAGAUACCUACUUUGCACAUUUUAUUAAUGCACGGAUCUACGUAAAGAAUACUAGUUCAAUUUUAAUUUACCCGGGAUUUUCAAGCCAAGUGCACAGCGAGCCCCCUCAUAUACGAUUUGUGAUACCUAAAGUAAAUUAUAAAUACGAAUUUUUGUGUGGCAAUUUUUAAUGGAUUGCAAAGCUGAUUUUCUCUUAAAUUGUAAAUAUUUUUUUUUCUAUCGAAAAAUAUUGAAUGAAGUGAAUCAUUUAAAAGCCUUUGGCAUUGUGUACUCAUUUACGUUAUAAAUAAAUUAUAGUAUAAAA